ACUCUGCAGAAUAACCCUCGUUUACCUGCAUUCUCAAUGGAUGGGGACUUUGUUAUUGGAGGUGUUUUCUCCAUUCACUACGAAAUGCACAUAGUGAAUAAUGACUACACCACCAAGCCUGAACCUUCAAGAUGUGGAGGGACCUUUAUAGGCAGAGAACUACGUUUUUCUCGUGCAAUGAUGUUUGCCAUAGAAGAGAUUAACAACAGCACAGAGCUGCUGCCAGGCAUCAAGCUUGGAUAUCAGAUUUUUGACUCAUGUGCUUCGGUGCCUGUGGCUGUACAUAUUGCAUUUCAGCUAUCAAAUGGUCAAGACGCAGUGUUUUACAAAGGCAGCGCGUGUUCCAACACUGGUGUUGUGUUGGCAGCUGUUGGGGACUCUGCAUCCACACCGUCAAUCAGCAUAUCCCGCAUCAUUGGGCCCUUCAACAUGCCUAUGGUGAGUUACUUUUCCACUUGUACCUGCCUGUCAGGGAAGCAGCAGCACCCAACAUUUUUCAGAACAAUUCCCAGUGAUCAGUUCCAGGCUGACGCUCUGGUCAAGCUGGUGAAACACUUUGGAUGGACUUGGAUAGGUGCUGUUCGCUCUGACUCAGAUUAUGGAAAUUAUGGCAUGGGCUCUUUUCUUGAAGUAGCACAGAGAGAGGGGAUCUGUGUGGAGUACUCUGUGUCUUUUUCUUGGGCUGACCCACAAAGCAAGAUCAGGGGAGUGGCUGACAUUAUCCGAAGGUCAACAGCACUGGCUGUUGUGGCUUUUACAGCCUCUGCAGAAAUGAAGGUCCUGUUAGAGGAGCUCUCCCGGGAGCCCUCACCACCUCGUCAGUGGAUUGGAAGUGAGGCCUGGAUAACUGACCCACACUUUUUGAGGUUCACUUUCUGUGCAGGGGCCAUUGGAGUUGGCAUUCAGCAAUCUGUGAUACCAGGGCUUAGAGACUUCCUGCUGGAUCUCUCUCCCACUGAAGUUGCUGCCUCCUCAGUGCUCAGUGAGUUCUGGGAGGAUGCAUUUAAGUGCACACUGACAAAAAGAGCAGAACCGGACAAGAAAUUAUGUGAUGGAACUGAAGAUAUAAAAUCUCUUAAAAAUCCAUAUACUGACACAUCUCAGUUAAGAAUUACUAACUUGGUGUACAAGGCAGUUUAUGCAAUCGCUCAUGCCAUUCAUAAAGUUGUGUGUGAGGAAACAAAUCUUAGCACACAGUGUGACAAACACUUCAGAUUUGAGUCUAAACAGGUGUUGUCUCAACUAAAAAAAGUCAACUUUUCUCGUAAUGGUUAUCCUGUUUCGUUUGAUGCAAAUGGGGACCCUGUGGGUUUUUAUGAGCUUGUUAACUGGCAGAAGCAUGAAAGUGGAGUUAUUGACUUGGUAACAGUAGGAUAUUAUGAUGCAUCACUGCCGAAAGGCCAGGAGUUACACAUCAACAGGAACAUAACCUGGGUUGAAGGUGGCACACAAGUACCAGUGUCAGUGUGCUCUAAAAUUUGUCCUGAAGGGACUCAUAAAGUGUUGCAAAAAGGAAAACCCAUCUGCUGUUUUGAUUGUAUACCAUGUCCUGAAGGAGAGAUCAGUAAUGUGACAGGUUCUCUUAAUUGCGUUCUAUGUUCCAGAGACUUAUGGCCAAACAUAGAAAGAGAUGCUUGUUCUCCAAAACCUAUAGAGUUUCUUUCCUUUGAUGAAGUCCUGUCAACCAUCCUGGCUGCAUUCUCUGUUUUUGGAGCCUGUCUGGCCGUCAUUACAGGAAUUAUAUUCUUUCAUCACAGAACAACUCCAAUUGUCAGAGCCAACAACUCUGAGCUGAGUUUCCUGCUGCUCUUCUCUCUGACUCUGUGUUUUUUAUGUUCAUUAACUUUCAUUGGAGCUCCCUCUGAGUGGUCCUGCAUGCUGCGACACACAGCUUUUGGUAUCACCUUUGUGCUCUGUAUCUCCUGUGUUCUAGGGAAAACUCUAGUAGUUUUAAUGGCCUUCAAAGCUACACUUCCAGGUAGUAAUGUUAUGAAAUGGUUUGGGCCACCUCAACAAAGAAUGACUGUAGUGCUUCUUACAUUUAUUCAAAUUUUAAUUUGUACUGUUUGGUUGAUACUCAGUCCUCCAUUUCCAAUGAAAAAUCUGACUACAUACAAGGAGAAGAUCAUCUUGGAAUGUGCAUUAGGCUCUGCUGUUGGCUUCUGGGCUGUGCUCGGGUACAUUGGACUGCUGGCUGUUUUUUGCUUUGUGUUAGCUGUUCUAGCUCGAAAACUACCUGAUCAUUUUAAUGAAGCCAAGAUGAUAACCUUCAGCAUGCUGAUCUUCUGUGCAGUGUGGAUCACCUUCAUCCCAGCAUAUUUCAGUUCUCCUGGAAAGUUUACUGUGGCUGUGGAGAUAUUUGCCAUUCUGGCCUCCAGCUUUGGACUGAUACUGUGUAUAUUUGCUCCCAAGUGUUUCAUCAUAAUAUUUCAACCCGAGAAGAACACCAAGAAAUAUUUAAUGAAUAAAAGUCAAAUGUAG